AUGCCAUCCAUCACCAUCCACCCGCGCGCGUCGCGAUCUCCCUCACGCGUUCCCAACCCUCUCCCCCAGCUCCUCCAAACUCCCUCCGGCCUAGCGCUACUGGAACUCCAAGGCACAAUCAAUAUCCCUGCUUCCCAAGAUGAACGCUCUCACUCCGCCGAAACUCCUGACGGGGCUUCCGUGUUCGAGACUCCGAUCGGCAAGCUCAUGUUCCCCGACUACUCGCCGCAGAAUCCCGCGGACGACGCGGCCUGGAUGAAGCGGGUUUACCUUUACGUCGGACGUUACCAACGCAUAACAGGCGAGGUGAAGAAGCUGCCGAAGCCGCUGGCUCUCGUGCAGCGGAGGCCGACUCCGGCGCCGGCGUGUUCCGCGGGGGGCCACGAGAGUGACGAAUUGGAGGUGGUCGAGGUGGUGCGAUACAAGAUUUACUUCAAGAAUCGACCGGAGCCGGUCAAUGACCUUUAG